CGCUGAUAUAAAUAGCUAGCAUCUCAUCGAGAGAACUCUCAAGGAAGAAGAAACAGCGCAGAGAAACACGCCAUAUUUGGUAAUACCACAUGGCGGACCUUGCCUCAUGUAAUAGAGGUAUCGAGGUGUUAAGCCAAGAGCGGCGUCACACGCCAUGAGAGCCGCACCCCGUCCGCUUCUGCUCAGGAGGCCACUUCCUCGCCGCAGCAGCGGAUCGACGCAUCAUCAUCGUGCGCUUACCUUCUCCUCGGCACGCCGCCGGUGCGCGUCUCAGGGGUUGUCGUCCUUCUCCGGCCUGGAGGAGGAGGAGUUUGAGGUGCUGGACGCGGAGUCCGGCACGGUGCGGUGCGCUGCCAACUAUGCGCCGCUGACGCCGCUCAGCUUCAUCGAGCGCGCCGCGGCCGUGUAAGGCGACCGCCCCGCGGUGGUGUACGGGGAGUCCUGGUCUUGCACGUGGAGCGAGGUCCGGGAGAGGUGCUUGCGCGUGGCCGCCGCGCUCGCCGCCCGGUUCGGGGUUGCCCGCGGUGAUGUGGUUGCUGUUCUUAGCCCGAACGUGCCGGCGAUGUACGAGCUACACUUUGCCGUGCCCAUGGCAGGCGCGAUCCUCUGCACCUUGAACACACGGCAUGACGCGGCCAUGGUGUCCGCGUUGCUGAAGCACUCUGCCGCCAAGGUGUUGUUUGUCGAGUCAGGCCUCCUUGAGGUUGGGAGAGCUGCUCUGAAUAACCUCGCCGGCGACCAGACUAGCGCCACGGCCCUUCCGGUCCUCAUAACCAUCGCACACGAUGGAGGCUGCAUCAACUCCGCCUACAACGACUACGAGAGUCUCAUCACAGAAGCACCAUUAGGGUUCGACAUCCGUUGGCCCCUGAAUGAGUUGGACCCCAUCGCGUUGAAUUACACGUCUGGCACAACUGCGAGGCCCAAGGGCGUGAUCUACAGCAACUGGGGCGCGUACCUCAACACUAUUGCAACGGCUCUCACGUACAACAUCACUGUUACGCCGACUUACCUGUGGACCGUGCCGAUGUUUCACGCCAAUGGGUGGAACCUAUCAUGGGGCAUCGCCAUGCAGGGCGGUACCAACGUUUGCUUGCGCCACUUCACGGCAAAGGUCGUCUUUGAUAAGAUCUCACAACACAAGGUGACGCACAUGGGCGGGGCACCCACAGUUCUCAACAUGAUCGUCAACGCACCAAGUGGUGACCGAAAGCCACUGCCAGUGAUGGUACAUAUCAUGACCGGCGGCGCCGCACGGCCGCCUAACAUCUUGUCCGGGAUGGAGGAGCUUGGAUUCAUAGUACACCAAAUGUAUGGUCUUACUGAGACUACCGGCCCGGCCACCAUCAACACAUGGAUGCCGGAGUGGGACACGUUGCCGACCGAGGAGCGCUCACGGCUCACGUUGCCGACCGACUGGGGUGAGACACCUUGUGCGUUCGUCAAGUUAAAGACUAACGUCGAUGCAACAGAAAUAGAGAUUAUAAACUACUGUCGGGAUAAGUUGCCACAUUACAUGGCACCAAAGGCGGUGGUCUUCGCUGACUUGCCCAAGACUUCGACAGGGAAGACUCAAAAGUUUAUUCUCCGUCAGAAGGCUCGGGCUAUGGGCAGCCUUGUGAAGACAUAAAAUAGCGCACGUGAGAUCAUUUGUCUUGGUCAAAAUAUGGUAUUGUAUCGUAUGGGGUGACUAUAGCUUAGAAACAGAAAUAUAUGACAAUGAGACAACUAUUUGGUUGUUAUAUUUGUUUACCAAUAUUUAGUUGUUAACCUUCA